GAGCCCUCGUUGUCAAGACAGAUUAGCGAAAGCGUCGGGUCGCGAAGCGCCCUCACCAAAUGAAGUGGAAUCUUCAAGAGCUUCAGGCUUCUACAGAACGCCGAACGCCAGAGGUUUAACUUCACUCGCAAUCCCGCCAGUUUGAGGGCCGAUGAAUAUUGACAUUCCCGUGAAAGUAUCUCGUCCGUUGCCUUUCCCGGACCCUAGUUUUACUAAGAGCUCCGUCGUUACCCAGGCGGCUAGGCCGGAAUCCGUGGCGGUGUGAUUGGUCUCUUUGGUCGUGCGCCAACUUGGAGUUCUGACGCGUAACAGGCUGUUACCCUGUUUCCUUCUUCCGAACUACCUGGGUCACACCCCUCUCCGUGCAAUCCUCGUCACACGGCACAAGAGAACGGACGGCAUGAUAUUGACACUGAUCUUUCGUAGUAACCGUGACGGGCAGAGUAACUUUGUCGCACCAUCGCCCGCAGCAGCCGUACGAUUCGUCGUCGCCGCGUCGUUGCUGCUCGCCACCGUCAUCCCGCAGCAAGCUCAAUCGCUCACCGUUGACGGAUCUAACGAUGACGUCAUCACCAGAGCGCCGCGAAUCCGCGUGCAUCAUGUGGUCCCCUGCGCGGUCCGAUCAGAGAAUAUGAUCACGAGCAACAUCGCCGGUUCUAGUGCCGAUGACUCCGCCGCCGCCGCCGCCGCUGACGGCGAGAAAUUGCGUGAUGGCGGGAGUGAUUGCGUGAUUAAGGCGCGGCACGCGGGGAUGCUUCGGCCGCAUCCCACAGUGACGGGCGCGGAGGACCUGAACCUGCGCUCGGCGGAGGACUUCAGCUCGCUGGUGCUCCUGCGGGCGAUGGCGGACGGGAACAGUGGGGAGUCGGGGGAGUCGGAGGAUUCGGGGGACUCGGAUUCCACGCCGGCCGCGGAACUGUCGGAUGAUGGCGCUUCGGCAUCCCACGCAGCUGUCUCGUCGAAGAGUUCGAAUCGGCCAACGACGACUAGUAAGAACGCGACCGAAGCGUCGAAUACCCCUCUUCCUACUACUACCAUGAAUAAGAACUCGACUAUUGGGACGGAGAUCAAGAAUCAGAGUGCUCGCGAAACGGCAAGCGGCGUGGGGCGGCUGAAGGACGACUCCUCGGAGGAAGAGACGAAGACAAAGAAAGCUUCUCAAAGCGAUAGCAAUAAUCGCGAGGAGGGGAGCAGAAGCGGUAAGGGCAAGCGCGGCGACGAGCGUGUGAAGCCUUCGAAGCUGGUCGGGAAAUGGCGAGGCGGCAAGGGCGAUAAUGAUGUCAGAGAAAUCAUAUUAUAAAAAAAUAUCAGGAAUAUCAAGCGCACCGAUGAUGCUGGGGAGAAGAAAGCGAAAGGGAAAGGCGGUGCUUCAUAGGAGAAGGUGCUCCGAGGCAAAGGAGGCGAUCAGGCUGGUACUGCUGGCGCAGCUGGCGCAGCAGCACGCUAGACCCAGGGGAUUCGAUUCCAGAAGAAUAGUCAGAAGGGGUGCCGGUGAGAGCCUCCUACUUCUGGCGGGUAGCUCCGCGAGAAUGGUAGCCUGUGGGUGAUAUUGCCUAAUAAUCAGAAGGUGCCACCCAGUGGGUGUUCAUCUGUAUAUGGUAGGUGGCUUUCAGAGCACUGGAGUCGGUUUUUCCUGGGUGUUGCUAGUGUGGCUGACCUGUGGUGCUGGUAUUCUGUCCGUUCUGAUAUGCAGAAUUUUAACCUCGACCAUCAUAGGUUCUCG